AUGAAGCUGCUGCUGUUUUUAGGCACCGCUCUGACGCUGGUUCACUCUGGAUUUCAGACUCCAGCGUUCUGUCAGCUGCCCAAAGAUGAGGGCACGGGCACCUUAAUCUCCUUCUCCUUGUAUUACGACUCUGCGCGGGGCCUGUGCCGGCCCUUCCUGUACUCGGGCGAAGGAGGAAACGCCAACCGCUUCGUCAACGAGAUCGAGUGCAUCCGGAACUGCUCUGCCAACGCCGAGAACAUCUACCCCAUGGACCGGACCAAAGCCUGUCACUUCCCAAAGGCUGUAGGAAACUGCACUUCCAAUCUGCUCAGGUAUUACUACGACUCUGUCAACGACCGCUGCAGGAAAUUCAUCUACACCGGCUGCUAUGGCAACGGAAACCGCUUCACCGACAUGGGCCUCUGCAACUCCACCUGCCACGGCAUCCACGCGAUCAUCUGCGCAGUGUUGCUGACUCUGGUCGUCGUCGGUAUCAUCGUAACUAUUGCCGUUUUAACUGUCAAGUCAAAGCAAAAGGAAGCGAAGAAGAAGGGAGCGGGGAAAAGAAAACAGCAGGACGUCCCUCUGCAGGAAACCACAACGGAGGUGGCGUGA